CUGAAGCCGCGGUCAGUACGUGAACAGGUCUUAGGAGAAACACAGUGACAUUGUUACUGGAAGUUGGACAUUGGUGUACUAAGAAAGAGAAAGGAAGAUGUUGCGGCUUCCUCUUUUGCUAGCAAUAGCCUUCCCAACAUUGAUCUACGGUAAUGAAUUCACGCAGGCGACCCUAGUCAACGAGAUCGAUGAUGAUUGGUUUAAUCUCUGGGACACCUACCAACUGACAGGGCGCAUAGUUAACGGGACCAAAGCGGCUUUGAGGCAAUUCCCUUAUCAGGUGUCACUAAGGCGCAGCUACAGUAAUCGACAUUUCUGUGGAGGAUCAUUGAUCGAUGAGUACUAUGUACUCACAGCUGCACAUUGUAUGUACAUGGAUGGUGGCAAGAUACUUCCCUGGACGAUUUCAGUGGUCGCAGGAGAGCUCCAACUCGAUCAAAAUACCGCAACUGGACAAACGAGAGGCGUAAAGAAGAUUUACGUCCACUCUGAUUUCAAUCUGAGCACUUUGCAAAACGACAUCGCUCUCCUCCAACUGAAGGAACCGUUCAAGCUCACUCAAGAGGUUAUGGUCGCACCCCUUACCACGGACAACCCUGUACCUGGAAGGAUUUGCCAAGUGGCAGGAUGGGGCUACCCGGCAUAUGACUACCCAGUGGUGUCCAACGAUCUCAUGUACGUGGACCUGCCCGUCAUGAACAUAAAUCAAUGCAAAGCUCUUUUGGUCAACGUGACGGACAUGCCGCCAGGGAUGUUCUGCGCCGGAUACGUCGAAGGACAAAGAGAUGCGUGCCAGGGAGAUUCCGGAGGUGGCAUGAUCUGUAACGGAGUCUUGACAGGUGUGGUUUCCGGUGGGGAAGGCUGCGCGUUUCCUGGCUACCCGGGUGUCUAUUCAAAUAUCUUCUUCUUCGAGGAAUGGAUCCUCAAGAACAUGGACGUGCCGUACCCUAGAAAGAAUUUUGAACAAAGAACCUCAGGAGCCGAGAUGACGCUAGCUAAUAUUAUAUUGAUCAUUAUUUGUUACUUUAAGAUUCUACAGUAACACGACCUAAUACAGUUUGUCGUAGUUUUUAUUAUAACUUAGUUUGGUUUUUACCAUAGAAUGUAAUAUUGUUAUAUUUAGUAUUACACGUAAUAAAUUAACGAGAGUUGGGACAAUUUUCAUCCAACUCCAAGGAAU